AUGUUUUCAGAUAAUUCACAUUGCCCUGAUUGUGGACAACAGUGGUUCCCUAGUUUAGAACUAGGCCACUGGUUGUACCAAACUGAACUUGUUGAAAAUGAAUGUUACCAGGUAUUCUUAGACCGUAUUAACAGAGCUGAUUAUUGUCCUGAGUGUUAUCCUGAUAAUCCUGCUAAUAGAAGCCUUGUUCUUCCUUGGUCUUUCCCACUUGAGUGGGCUCCCCAGAAUCUCACCAGAUGGACCUUUGAGAAAGCUUGCCAUCCAUUUCUUCUGGGUCCUCCACUGGUUAGAAAAAGAAUACAUGACUCUCGAGUAGCUGGUUUUAACCCCGCGUUACAGUUAAUCUUGACCAGAACAGAUAAAACCUUAAACAAAAAACUGGGCCAAAACAAAUAG